AUGCUGUCCGUCCCGCACAUCGACGCCCGCGGCGACCUGCCAGCGCCUGCCCUGCCCGCCAAGAGCGCCCUGCGAACCUCGAGGCUGCUGGCCUCGCUCGCCCAGAAGACGGCCACGGAGGACCGUCCGAUUCUGCCCCAUGCCGCCCCUCACCAGGUCUACCUCUCGUCGGAAGAGGAUGCCUCGUCCUCGGCCGACGACCUGUCCGACCUGGAUGAGCUCGAUUGGGAGGCUGGCGAGUCACACAAGUCGGCCUCGACGUCCCGCUCCAGCCGCGAGGACACGGCCCGCGUCGUCACCGUCGUCUUUCACGGCAGACCCUCCAUUGUCGAGUUGCCCCCCCGAGCAUCAUACGGCGGCUCGACCGACGGCGGGCGGCCCGCCACGGGCAUCAUUCGCACCGCCACGGAACCGACAUUGACCCGCACUCGAUCCACCUCAUCCUCGUCGUCCAUGGCCAUGCACAACCCUCCGCGGUCAAGCAGCAUGACGCCCAGCGGCUUCCAGAUGAAACGCCGGCAAUUCCUCACCAUCGACCCCUUUGCGACCAAGCUGCCGGAGUUCGACGAGCAGGACCCCGCAAAAACGCCCAAGACGCCCUCGGGAAUGCUCAAGAAGACGUUGAGCUUGGUCAAGAAGCGAAGCAGACCCACGCUGAACCCGGCCGCCUGCCGGUCGCGCGAGAGUCUCGCGGUUCAGACGCCGCCCAUGGAGCAGGUGGGAGAGGAGCCGGAGCCGGAGACGCCCCGCGAGCUCGCGCCCGUGAACCGGGGGCCCGUGACGUACCAGGGAAUCAUGCGAAGCGCCAGGAGGAGCGCCGAGACGAGCACAGCUACGGCAGGCAAGACAGACUUGGUGUCGCCCACGACCACAUCGAGCCGGAGCCGGUUCCGAAGCGGGUUAUCCAUCAGCCGGCCCCGCAGCGUCAGGGCAUAG